AUGAAACCCCGAGCCAACGGGAAAUUGUUGGUUCCGCAAGAAUUGGCGGAUCAGUGGCAGAAUGGUGAUCAAAACAAGCUUCUGGAGGAGUUCCAAAAGGCAAACUUUGACAAGGAUCUGUUUGUCAAGAACGCCACCAAACGCAUCCGUCAGCACAUCACGGAGAAAGAUUUGUGGGUUGAUGGUGACUUUGUUUCGGAGCAAGACAUGAAAGAUGAAGGUAUCUCAGAGAAACGGAAGAGGGACCUCAUUGAGCAAGAGGAUUCGGAUGUUGGAUCCGAAGACCUGGAUGGGGAGUUGGACGUUGGGUUUCUUUUCCCUUUGGGGGGGAAGACUGUCUAUGUUCUCGUAGGUGAGCAACAACGCAAUGAAGCAGCUGAUGCACACGCAGCCGCUGGAAAGAUGCUCAAGAAGAUCACGUUUCCUGAGAUGGAUGAUGAUGCCUUGCCAUCCACUUACUGCAUUAAGGUUUUGGGCUGCCUAGGCAAAUGGUCGGCUAAAAUGUAUGACUUGGCAGAGCAGCUCAAAUCCAACUGCGCUUCCCUUGCUGCGUGUUCCCAGUUGCACGCCCAAAUUAGACUCCAUGAGGCCCAUGGUGCUCGGAAUCUUGCUGUAUGGGUUUUCAUGAAAGACACCGUUUCCACUUGCCUCCACCGUCCUGUAUCCAUCUGA